AUGAGUACCAAGUUCUGGGUAAAGAAUUUGGACCUUAUGACCUUGCCCUUACCCAUAGGUAGGUACAUUUCUGACGUUUGCGGCUUGCUCGACACUGGUCGUCGAGUUGUUCAUUUCUGUGCUUCUAAGAACAGCUUCCGAGCGGCCUCAGCUUGUCUAGCCUCCCUGUGUAUCACGUACCGAGGAGAUGUCACUGGCGCUCAAGCAGCCCAAUACUUCAACAAUAUCAGAUUGGAGCCCUUCCGGGAUGCGAAUCUUGGGGCGUCCAGUUUUGACCUUACCCUUGAACAUGUGUGUGGUGGGUUCGAGUUUGCUGUACGCGAAGGUUGGUUCGAUUUGGAGACGUUUGACCGGAAGGCAUGGGAGCACUACCAACAACUUCCAAAUGGCGAUAUGAACUGGAUUGUCCCGGCUAGGAUUCUAGCUUUUGCUGGUCCCAGCGACACUCUUGUGGAUGAGCAGGGCCAGGAAGUAUGCCAUCCAGACCUCUACGUGAAGACUUUUUCAACGCCCGACUUUGGUGUCUCCACUGUGGUGAGGCUCAAUGAGCGAAGAUACUCCCCUGACUUUUUCACUCAACACGGAAUAAGGCACUAUGAUCUCAACUUCGAGGAUGGCUCAUGCCCUUCCGAUGAAGUAGUGAAGCGUUUCUUCGCAAUAGUCGACUCUUCUGAAGGCGCGGUAGCAGUGCAUUGCAAGGCAGGUCUUGGUCGAACUGGAACUCUUAUUGGUCUGUGGGCGAUGCGUGAGUACGGUCUCACAGCUCCCCAGUUCAUUGGAUGGUGUCGAUUGUGUCGGCCUGGCUCCAUACUCGGACCACAACAGGCUUAUCUCCUCGAGAUGGAGGCGUAUUGUCAUAGUGGUAGAGCCUCUCCUCAUAACCCUCAGUGGGUCAAGCUGGGCAGCGAGUCUUCUAUUGGACGGUGGGCCGUAUUUCGUGGCGCGUGA